UUAACCCUCCCCCUCCCUCCUCUCCCCCACUCGGUUUCGGCGAAGGAGAAUAAAUAUACGGCCUCUCGGUGGCGGAAUAGAGCGGUUAGGAAAAUAAGGCGGCGAAGUGGACGAAGAUGAGCAGGCAGACUGUGCCACCUACCACGGGCAUUAAUUCCUGCGAGAGGAUCAGGCCGGAACGACCGAGGAAUCCGAUCCAGAGACUCGUAUGGGGCCCCGGCUCGCAGUUCCAGGUCGGACAUAUCGGCAUGCUGGAGGAUGAGGGCUCGAAUCCGCGGAUGGCGUUGAGAAGAUUACUAAGGUUGUAUGAAGGCAGACAAUACAGGGAGGCGGCCGGCUUCCUGAUGAAGCUGCCGCAUUACACCCUGAAAGCGGCCCUGCCGGAUAUUCCGGUGGACCUGUUGAUCGAGACGCUGCCGCACAGCCUCGCCCUGCUCGAGGCCCUUUAUUCCCGGCUGGUGGAGCUUAACGUCAGCGACACGAAAAUCCUGCGCGUCGAGCAGGUACUCUGGAGGAUAGUGCACCUGAUAUCCACUAACCAGGACCACUGUCGGCUGCGCAUCUGGUGUAAGCUCCUCGUCUCGUUGGGCAGAUUAUCGCCCGGCACGAAGAGCGCGCUGAUUUCGCGGAGACGCACCCUCGAGAGAGCCGUCGAAGGACUCGGCAAACACGGACUGGUGCCUUCCACCCUGACGAGCAACUCUGAGAACUCCGUCACGGCGAACUUGGUGCCGUUACCGGUCGCGCUCAAGGAGGAGCUCGAGACACGAACGGAGGCUUACAAGCUGGCGUUGCAUAAGAUCGAGAAUUUCGGCAAGCACGCCGGCACCCACAAAGCGGAUCAAGGUGUGCAGGCGGCUUCCCAUCAGCGGCAGCUUUCCCUCAAGUACAGCGAGAUCCAGCAGCGGCUGAUCGAUAACCAGAGCCUGCUCAACACCCUGGAGAAAGCGGGCGGGCCGUGCACCUUGGAGAAUCUGCUGGCGGAGCUGAAGCGCCGGGUCGAGCAGGACAAGGAGGCGCUCCGACAAUGGACGGCAUUGAGGAAAUCGACCUCGAACGGGGCGAAGAAUCCGGCCCUCGCCGCCCGGUUGCUGCAGUUCUCGCGGGGCUGCGCGCUCGCGCUGCAGUUUAUGAGCGAGGAUAACCCGCAGAUAUUUCAGCUGGAAGAGAAUCUAGGCGACGAUUACGAGGAGGAGUCAAGUAGCGCCGGCUACCACACGGACGAGAGCUGCAGCCCGACCCCGGAACCGGCUACGAAUUGCGAAGUGCUCCGAGUGGAGGAGAAUUACUCGGACCUGACCUCGCCGGACAUCACAGUGGAGCGGCUCGCCGAGAGGUACGGCGCUCUUUACGCCCAGGCUAACCUGCACACCCUGGACGCCCUGGACGCGCUGGAGUCGCUCAAUGACGCGCCCGACUUGAAAGCGAAGAUCCUCUACUCGGUAGUGGUGCUCUCGUGGCGUUUGGCCGGCAUGGUCCAAACAUCGAGGCGUCUGGAGGCCUUGAAGAUCCUGAACGGUGCCGCCGCAGCGGCGGCGAGCGGCGUGCAGACGACGACGGCGGCGGUUACGCCGGAGCUCGAAGAAUGCAUAAAACGGCAACUGGCCACUUCCGGCGCCCAGACCGGUUCCCGUGAGGUCGCCGAGCAGGUGGUCAGUCAAUUGGAGAGGACACUGUACGACUUUCCAUGUCUGCGUGGUUGCGCCGAGGUCAAAAGUUACGCCAGCGCGUGUUCCAGUUUAGCCUGGGCGUGCCUGGCGCGUUCAACACCGCUGGUGCUCGACGUGGCGCAGGAUCUCGAGUUCCGAAGGGAUGUCCACGUGAGGCAUCACGCCUCCCCGAAUCCGCACGGGACCAGGAUCAGAUCGGUCCUGUGGCCGGGAUUGCGGGAGGGCUGCCAAGGCCCUUGCCUUCACCGAGCCGUCGUGCUGACCUGCUGAAGCGCGUAGCCUCUCUGUAAAGUUUCAGGAAAGUCGGACAAUCGUUAGUCGUUACGUUUUUACGAUUUCCUAACGAUUCGAUCAUUAAUAUUCGUUAAAUUCAACGAUCAAUACUCGUAUAAAGUAGCGAAAAAUGGUAAGCACUCAGUUACAACAGUCACGAGAAAAGCUGUCUGUGUCUCCGAGCAAUCCACGCAAUUUAUUCCGUUAUUGUAUCCGUAAAUGUAUAUCCGAAGCUUAGAUCUGACGCAACGCGAAUGGAUUUUACGGAUUUCUAAAAUCAUGAUUGAUCUUUCCGAGUUUGCGCGAUUCUCACAGCGUGACACAGUAAAGUCGAUGAAAACAAUGUGAUCUCGCGACAGGUGAAGGGAAAACAAUGCACGAAGUAAAAUUUGCAAAUUGAGCGUACACAGGACGGUUAUCUUGUGCGCCGCGCCGCAGCACGCUUCAAUUUCGCGUUCGCGCUUAUGAUUCUGCGCCGUUGACACUUGAUGCCGCAACCGGACCUUAAAUAUCAGAAACGUAUCUUGCUCGGUCUAUUGCUCGUGACACCGUUGACCGCGGAAUAAAGAAUUCAGAGUAACAUGUGACACGGUGUUGCGCGGCACUGUUAAAUCCCCGCGUACAACUCGUUCAUGCGGGCCUUAUCUGAUAUUCGCGACAAAAAAGAUUGAUAUGAGGAAAGGCGGGCAUUGUCGCUCAAAAAAAAAUUGCGUCGUCCUGUCGGUACGUGGUGGAACAUGGAGGAGAAAACAAACGCGAAAUUGAAUUGAAAAAUGGAACUGCAAAUUUUUAGCCAUGUUCCGACAACACCAAGUUAAAUUAUUUUAGUAAUAAUUUUAUGAACGAUGAAUAAUCGUUGAAUAAUGGCGGGAUAUUGCAUUCCUUUUAUAUACGUAAUAGCUAUAUAUUUUUUCAUGAUUAUUGCGUCUGAAAAUAUUUCCCUUCGGAUGGAACACGACUGGCCCAUUAAAAAGAUGAAUUAUUUAAUUCACUCGCGAUCUCUCGACGAAUCGGAACUGUACAAACUGUGCAUGCCAACCCCUAUAUAAUUAAAAAUAUAAUCGAAAUAUGUAGAAUAAAUAAAGCGCGAGAAAUAUACAAUAAGAAAUAUGAACGAUUAAAUUGUCUUAUAAUAUUCAGAAAUAUUAACACAAUUUAUUCAUUAUUUAUUAUAUCCUAAGUUAUGGAUUAACGCUCGGCAUGUAUGAAUUUUAAAUCACAGUACUAACUAAA